AUGAAUGGGUCAAUAUCAGAUUCUGAAGACGUCCUGCAAUUUGCCAAAGAGUUGUACUGUAGAAAGGACAGUCACUUAGAAGAGAAAUGGCCAGGGAAUUGGCAAGAAACACAAACAGUUCUCCACAAUUGUGGAUAUAAAUCUCCCAGAGAACUUUACAUCUGUUUGGAUGAGAGCCAUUACACACAAUGGGAUGUCAUGGAAAAUGGUGAAGACAAAUGCAGACACUGUGGAAAGAAAGGCACAAUAAAAUUCUACUACCUAGGUAUUUCUGACAAAGUUCAACUUUGGUGUAGUAAUCGUGGUGUGUGUGAGAAAAUGAUGGCCCACUGGGGUGAGAAAGAACACUGGUUAGUAGGGGAAGGUCCUAACUUUAUAUUGAAAGAAAUCUCGGAUGGUGAAAGAUUUAAUGAGCUUAAGUGGUUCUGGGACCCAGAUUCUCGCUGGAUGCUACCUGUUAAGUGUCAGUACUGUGCUAAUGUGACAAGUAGUGAUGAGAUCGAGGAAUUUCCAGAAGAAGAAGGGAAGCAUGUGAUUACAUGUCAUGAAUGUGGAUCAAGGUGGAAGCACACACCAUGCUACUCUAGAGGGGAUCCCCGCAAUAUUGCACUUAUUGGCCACUGGGAUGGUUGGCAGCCCUUUGGAUACCCUGGAACACAUAGUUGUGGUAAGCAAACACCUUUCUCACUUCUAAGAAAUAAAUUUAAUGUAUCCAAUAACACAAAUGUACUUAAGACUGUAGUUAACUGACAGGAGUUAAGUCUUGCUGUUGAACACCUUUUUAUAUUUAAACUGUUAUCUUCUUAUCAAUGAUUAGCAUCUUCUUAAUUAUAGGGGUAAUAGAAGUGACAAUAGCUAACAUGGCUAAGGCUGAAAGAAGCAAAACUGAUCAAGUUUAUGUGGUGGGAUUUGUCCCUUCUUAUCAGCUAUCUAAAGAGUCGUCCAUGUUCCUUGGAUCCAUUCCUGCAUCCCCUUGUCAGUGA